AAAAAGGAAAUAAAAAAAUGUCCACAAAAAAAGUGAAUAUCAAUGAAAACACGAUUCUCGGAAGACAUUUAGUGGCAACGAGUGAAAUUCGCGCCGGCGAACUCAUUUUAUCCGAGAAGCCUGUUUGUGUGGGACCAAAAUGGGGAACGAAGCCUUGUUGCAUCAAUUGUUAUCGAAAGUACAGCAAAACGUGCGGCAGCUGCAAUUUAGCUCCGUUGUGUCAAAGUUGCGAGCAACACGAUGCCUCGGAAUGCGAAUUGUACAAAUCCGCAAAAUGGGAUAAGGAAUUUAUCAUUCAGAAUUUCGAUAUUGUCACUCCGAUUCGUGUCUUGAUGCUCAGCAACUCCGACAAAGACUUAUUCGAGGAAAUCAUGAAGAUGGAAAGUCGUUUAAUCGCUCGUCGUGGCACAAAUAUUUGGAAAUUGCAUGAAAAAUACGUCGUUUUGCCGAUAAUUUCCUCCAACUUGACGAAACUUUUCCCAAACGUGAAGCCUCUUGACGCCGAAUUAAUUCAAAAAAUCUGCGCCAUUUUAGACAUCAACGCGAUUGAAGUUCGAGGCGCUCGAGAAAUUCUUCCCGACAAAGCUGGAAAGGACCCGAGCUUCAUUUUACGCGGACUUUAUCGACAUCCAGCGCUUUUGGUGCAUAAUUGUCUCGCAAAUGCCUUCAUGACAAUCGAUGCGGACUUCAAUGUGAAACUUUACGCUGGACAAGACGUCAAACACGGCGAUAUUGUGUCAUACAAUUAUGCUCAAGUCUUGCUCGGGACGAAAGAAAGACGAAGUCAACUCGAGAAAUCGAAAAAUUUCAUCUGUAAUUGUCGACGAUGCAUGGAUCCGCAGGAGUUGGGAACGUUUAUUGGGUCAGUUCAGUGCCCCGCAUGUCGACAAGGACUUUGUUCGUUCAUGGAAGCUCGAUUGUGGCUUUGUGAGAAAUGUAACGAGACGAUCGACACAAAAAAGGUCGAAACGCUCAUCGAUGAGGCGAAAAAAUCGUUAUCCGCAUUGAAUGAAGACAUUUUUGAAGUUCAACAAUGGAUUGAUAAGUACUCGACGUUGCUGAAUCCGAAGCAUUGGAUUGUUUUAGAUGCGAAACAAAUUCUCGCAGGCCUUCUGAAGAUACAAUGCGGCACAGAUAAGGGAGCUUCGAUGAAGUUGUUGAAGAAAAAGUUGGAUUUGUACGAAGAACUUGUGCCGAUUAUCAAAACUUUGAGACCUGGAUUGAGUAAAAUGUUGGGCAUCGCAUUAUACGAACACCAACUCUCUUUAACGCAAGUCGCUCAAAAAAGUUUCGACGCCGGAAGCAUUUCUGAGGAACUUUUACUUGAACAUCUCAUCCGAGCAGAGACAAUUUUGAAAGAUUCAAUCAGCAAUUUAGUCUUCGAACACAAAACCACGCCUGAAGGUCAGCUAUGCAAACACGCAUUGGUCAAUUUGAAGGAUUUACGAGGCUUAAUGGAACUCGUCAAAGGCAUGGUAUCGAAAAAACAGGAAAUUUCGAUCCAAAAAACGGUUCAAGUGAGAGCAAAGGGCAAAAAAUCCAAAGGAAACAAGAAAUAAUUCAAGAAAAAUUCAAUAAAAAACAGUUUUUUCAUAAUUCACG